AACUCCGAGUUUGUCUCGUUCGUUCGCGAGUGGACGUCAUCGCACCCGAAUUUGAAAAGUCAAAGCCGCCAGCUUCGAACGGUAUCAAGACUCGAUGUUGACAAACUACUAUCGCAAGUCUGGCUGAUUGUUGAAAUCUCAACAGGCGACAUCGCCUCUUUGGCGAUGACUGUCAACAGCACACCGUCAAGCCAUCAAACCACUUCCUAGCGUGGUCGGCGCCAUUCCUCCGUACUGCACAUAGAGAGUGCAACGGCAAGAUGACAAGAAUGCCCUCCAGACUGCGGGACUACUUCCUCUCGACAUGGAGGACUGACCAUGCCGAGCAGAACCUGGUCCGCAAGAUUGACUUUUUCAUCUUGACCUUUUGCUGUCUCAGCUAUUUCCUGAACUACCUCGACCGCACCAACCUCGCCAAUGCUUACGUCUCGGGCAUGAAGGAGGACCUGAGCUUCCAGGGCGACCAGUUGAAUCAGAUUAACACUUGUUUCACCAUUGGCUACGUCCUCGGCCAGAUCCCGUCCAACCUGAGUCUGCACUACGUCAAGCCGCGCUGCUUCUUCCCAGCCAUGAUGGUCGUCUGGGCGGGGCUGACCAUGGUGACGGCGUCGACGCACUCCCCACAAGCCAUCAUGGCCAUCCGCUUCUUCCAAGGCCUUGCCGAGGCCAGCACCUUUGUCGGCACGCACUACAUCCUGGGGUCCUGGUACACGGAGCGCGAGCUGGGCAAGCGCAGCGGCAUCUUCACGGCCUCGGGGCUGGCCGGAACCAUGAUCGGCGGGUUCAUCCAGACGGGCAUCCACAGCAGCCUGGACGGCCGCCACGGCCUGAGCGGAUGGCGCUGGCUGUUUCUGGUCGACGGCAUCAUCACCCUGCCCGUGGCGCUGUACGGGUUUCUGCUCUUCCCUGACACGCCCGCGACUACCGCCGCGCCAUAUCUCAGCCUGUCGGAGAGGGAGCUGGCCGUGGCGCGGCUGAGACGGCAUCAUCAUCCCCUCGUCGAACCUAAUAACCCCUCAUCAUCUGAUGAUCAAGACCAGGAGUUUAAACAGAAGACGUCUCCGCUGACGUGGGCCUUCGCAAGGAGCGUCCUCGCAUCGUGGGAAUGGUGGGGCUUCGUGGUGCUGUGGAUCAUCGCCGGCGAGACCGAGUCCUUCUCCUCGAACUCUCUGCUGGCCCUCUACAUGAAGAGCUCCCCCUCUACGCCACGCUACACCGUCGCACAGCUCAACAACUACCCGACCGGCGUCCCGGCCGUGGGCAUCGUCUCGACGCUCUUCUGGGCGGCGCUGACGGACCUGAUGGGGGGCAAGCGGUAUCUGGUGGGGUAUUUCAUCGGCGUCACAGGUGUCGCGACCAGCGGGAUGAUCCUGGCGGCUCGGGGGAUGGACAACAGCGAGAGGGCCACGGCCGUGGUGUUCGCGGCGUACUACUGGGCUGGCGCCGUGUAUGCGUGCCAGGCGACCUUCUUUGCGUGGGCCAACGACGCCAUGCGGCUGAGGGAGCCCGUGUUCCGGUCGGUCGUGCUGGCGGGCAUGAAUCUGGGGAGCAAUGCCAUCAAUGCGUGGUGGAGUAUUGUGUUUUAUGGCGCGAGUAUGGCGCCGUGGUUUGAGAGAGGCAUGUACGCCAUGAUUGCAACGUCGGUUGCCCUCGUUGGGUGGACCGCUUGGCUGUCGUACGUUUCCGUGAGGGAUGAGAAGCAGAGACUGCAGGGUGAAGUGCCAGGCUCGAGUGCUCAACAGGUGGCCAAAAGUGGAGAGAUUGGAUAG